GUUAGGCCCGAAUGUCGUUAGCCGUGGGGAAAGAUGGCGGAAAAUUUAAAAGGCUGCAGUGUGUGUUGCAAAUCUUCUUGGAAUCAGCUACAGGACCUGUGCCGCCUGGCCAAGCUCUCCUGCCCUGCCCUUGGCAUCUCCAAGAGGAACCUCUAUGACUUUGAAGUCGAGUACCUGUGCGAUUACAAAAAGAUCCGCGAACAGGAGUAUUACCUGGUAAAAUGGCGUGGGUACCCAGACUCCGAGAGCACCUGGGAACCACGGCAGAAUCUGAAGUGUGUGCGCAUUCUCAAGCAGUUCCACAAGGACUUGGAAAGGGAGCUGCUCCGGCGGCACCACCGGUCGAAGCCACCCCGGCACCUGGACCCAAGCCUGGCCAACUACCUGGUGCAGAAGGCCAAGCAGAGGCGGGCACUCCAGCGCUGGGAGCAGGAGCUCAAUGCCAAGCGCAGCCACCUGGGACGCAUCACCGUGGAAAACGAAGUGGACCUGGAUGGCCCCCCACGGGCCUUCGUGUACAUCAACGAGUACCGUGUUGGUGAGGGCAUCACCCUCAACCAGGUGGCUGUGGGCUGCGAGUGCCAGGACUGUCUGUGGGCACCGGCUGGAGGCUGCUGCCCUGGGGCAUCACUGCACAAGUUUGCCUACAAUGACCAGGGCCAGGUGCGCCUGCGAGCCGGGCUGCCCAUCUACGAGUGCAACUCCCGCUGCCGCUGUGGCUAUGACUGCCCCAACCGAGUGGUACAGAAGGGCAUCCGCUACGACCUCUGCAUCUUCCGCACGGAUGAUGGACGCGGCUGGGGUGUCCGCACGCUGGAGAAGAUCCGCAAGAACAGUUUCGUCAUGGAGUACGUGGGCGAGAUCAUUACCUCAGAGGAGGCAGAGCGGCGGGGCCAGAUCUAUGACCGCCAGGGUGCCACCUACCUCUUCGACCUGGACUACGUGGAGGAUGUGUACACUGUGGACGCCGCCUAUUACGGCAACAUCUCCCACUUUGUCAACCACAGUGUGGGUACCCGCAGGGGGGCAGGGGGUUGGGAGGAGCAGGCUGGGGCCCCUCCUCACCCUCCUGCCGUUUUUUGUUUUUUUGCCCAGUGUGACCCCAACCUCCAGGUGUACAACGUCUUCAUAGACAACCUUGAUGAGCGGCUGCCCCGCAUUGCUUUCUUUGCCACCAGAACCAUCCGGGCAGGCGAGGAGCUCACCUUUGAUUACAACAUGCAAGUGGACCCCGUGGACAUGGAGAGCACACGCAUGGACUCCAACUUUGGCCUGGCUGGGCUCCCCGGCUCUCCCAAGAAGCGGGUCCGCAUCGAAUGCAAGUGUGGGACUGAAUCCUGCCGCAAAUACCUCUUCUAGCCCCAUGAAGUCUGAGGCCAGACUGACCAGGGGGGGCUAAAAAGCAGCCCACCCCACCCACCCACUGCUGCCCUCCUGUUGAAGAACAACUGCCAGGCCCUCCUGCCUGCCUCCGCCUGCCCCCUGCUCAGGGCUGCAUGGCCAUGGGGAGGACGGACUCCAGGAGUCCCCUCUCCCUGUCCCAGCCCCAUCCAUGGGUUGCACUUACAAACCCCUGCCCACCUUCAGAAGUGAUUUUUCAACACCAAGACUUUCUGCAGUUGGGAUUCAUGGCCUAGCAAGGCGGUCCAAGGGCUGAGCCCCAGCCCAUACCCAAAGUAGAAACGUCUGUUUUUGCACCUGCUUCUGGCCAGAGCUUGAAGGGUCUGCUGCAGGCCCUCUCCCUGCUGCCCCAAGGGUGUGAGGAAGCAUUCCCAGGACAGGCUGACCCCAGAGCCCAGGAUUCCCAGCCCAUUCGCCUCCCCUACCACAGAAAUGUGCUAGUGAAAGAAGGGGGGCAGUCUUCAAGGGCUGCAGGCUGUGGCUGGGUCCUGCUCAUGCUUGCAUGCUGGCUGGUGUUGGCCUGACAGCUGUAGGGUCUCCUUUUCAAAGCUGUGCCUCUGAGCAGCAGACACCCACAUGCCACUAGAGGAGAGUGGAUGCCCACAGCCUAUUGGCCAGUGAGAGGCAGCCCAGACUUUACCUGUCCUUAAGGUGGGCAACCCCCUCCAGUAUUCUAGCCUGGAAAAUCCCAUGGACGGAGGAACCUGGUAGGCUACAGUCCAUGGGGUCAGAAAGAGUCAGACACGACUGAGCAAGUUCACUUCACUAAGGUGGGCUGGGACUCAGCUCUGCCUUUGCAACAGCUAGAAAGUGCCCAGGGCUCUUGAGUUCAAAGGAUUCUGGGAGCCCUUAACCUGUGGUGUGAGGACUGCUGAUAGCACCCAGAGCUGGACCUGAGACCUAGCUAGGCUGUAGACAGCACUUAGACAAAACAUGCAUGGAUGGGGUGCUGAGGAGGUGCCAGGCACUGGGCUGAGCACCUGGUCCACGUGGAUCGUCUCAGGGAAGCCUUGAAAACUGUGGAGGUGGAUCCCAGGAAAGGGCCUGGGUGGCAGAAGGCAAAGCACAGACCAAGAAUGGGGUGGGGCUGGCUUACCCACCAGGAUGUGGCGAGGUGAGGGGAAGCCCCUGCCACCUCCUAGCCCUCCAGCCCUUUGCACUCACCUUGGGUCCUCUGGUCUCAGUUCCCUGCCCACAAAUGUAUAAAAGGUGAAGGCGCUGAUGGCUGCCUCGUCCCUUGCUUCCCCUGUGAGGUCUUCUCUAGGAAGCCUUCCUUCCCUGACUACCUGUGCGCAGUGUUCCCACGUGAGACUGUGUGCCCUGCCAGCAGAUGCCAGAUCUGUGUGUCUGUUUUUGUGUCCAUCUGUGUGUCUGUGCUCCCCACCCCCAGACUGACCUUCAGGCUUGGACUGAAUCUGAUUCUCCUCUUGUAUAUCCCCUUGGCCCUCCCAGUCUGGGAAUGGGCGUCAAUAAAACAG